AUGCAACUGCUACAAGUCUCUGGGGCAGCAUAUUACGAUUCCUUGCUCGGUCGUCGACCACAAAACCCGCCCCAGGAUUUCACUCGCGUUCUGUAUAUUCCUCGUCACAGUUCAGCAACCGUGCACCUCCCGCUAUAUGAUGUCGCGGAGCAGUAUCAUAAUGCUGUCAAGGGAUGCGUCCUGAACAGCAGCCAGUACGCAGUUCAACUGAGUAUGAUGGAGAAGCCGCGAGAUGAUGGGAUGAACUGCGAGGUGGCCUAUCAUGUCAACCUAGAUAGAAGCGCGACAGACAAUGCGACAGUCCGAUUGCAAGUGCAGCGGAGAUCGUUGUUUGAGGAUGGCGAGGCAAUAGCGCAAGCUCUGAUUCGACCGCCUCAUGACGGAUGUCUACUCGCUAUCGGCAAUAGUCAGAAAGGAACUGACACGUGUUGCAUGCUCAUGGCAGCCUCCUUCCCGAUACAACCGAGCAUCCGAGGAAAAUAUAGCAUCCCCCAUCCUUAUUUCACGUUCCUGCUGCCAGGGAAGAACAACAACCAACGGAUAGUCCAAUGGCAGGUCCACCCCAAGGAAGAUAGCCUGCGUCGAUACACAUUAGUUGAAAUAGGUGCGGCAUCGGAAGGGCCUGACGUCGCGCUGUCGAAAGACGAUGCGCGAGAGCCUAAAAUUCUAGCAAUCUACCAUCAUAUCGGGAUCGCCGUGUGGUUGCCAAAAGAUUUCAGCGAAGGUGUGCUUCUGCUACCAGACCAAGCAGGGUCGGAAGAUAACGAACGGGAGGCUCAGUGGGCUGAGGUGCUCGAUCACGGCGCUGACUGCAAAUACCAGGCCAAAUUUCCCAAGAAGAAGACCGCUCGUCGUCGCCGACUAUUCAACCCAUCCGCUAAUAGUAGCUGUUUACACACUGACAUUGCCCCGGUAAUAUCUAACAACGCGUUUCUCAUGAUGACUUACGUCGUGCAGAAGCAGAAUCUGGAUUAUGGCGAGAACAGCAUCUUGUUCGUCCUCAUGCAGGAAAUUAGGUCCCUGGCUCUUCCUGAUUUCCUCGCUGAGAGCGCUGUUUCUGCCUUCCAAGCUUCAGCCAAUGAGAUCUUACAAUGCGACAACAACAUCUCAGUCUGGGUGAGAUUGAGUAUCUUUGGAAUGUCGUCUGGCAAUUCCAUUGCGUUUCUGCUGGGCUUCUCAGAAGACGGUCGCGUUGGCACGCCCUCUGUCCGUCCAGGCGUGUCCGAGCCCGGUGUUGGGGUAGUAGAGUCUUGUUUCGACUCAGCAAUGCUAGAUUUAGCUUUGGUGUUCCUUGGAGUCGGCACUCGUGCGCCUUUCCAUCUUCCCCGACUAGCGAUUCCGCAAAACCGGUACUGGUCGGGGUACCCGCCGCAUUCUAAGCCUUUUGAGAUGCAACGUUGA